CCGCGCACCAUCGGAUUGGCGGUUGACAUAACUUGCACUUGCACAGAAAAUUGCUGAAGCCACCUGUUGUUGGAGUUGAAUACAUUUGUCGAAAAAUCGCCUGAAAUCGAUCAGGAGGCGCAAAAACCUUUCAUAUUUAUGGAUUUGAUACCCAUUACUGCAGAUCACAUCCUAGACUUGGAGUAACAACAACCCUGCAUAGUGUUUAUUGGACUAUGACUGAACAUGAAGCUUUAGAGUACCGGUAGAUCUGGAUUUUGCCAGAACCUGUUGAUUGCUGUCGAUUUUGGCAAUUGAUGAGGCUCAUUUUGGUGAGGUGAUAACUGGAAAGUAAAAAAACAAAAUCAGCGAUGGAAGCUUCAGAAAAUCGGUUACUAGAGGCUGUUACAUGCAUCUUGGUCCUUUGCAUCGGGCUCACGCAGGCUGGCAUAGAGUUUCGUGAAGAGCCUAUGGAUACAGUGGUUGCCCAGGGCCAGCCGUUGCAAUUCCACUGCAUGGCCUUUGAUGACCAGCGCCCGGGCACCAUCACGAUCCAAUGGAAACACAACAGCGCCCCCGUGAGUGCUGGCGGACGCGUGGCUGUCUACCCUAACGGAACCCUACACGUGUCGCCGACGCAGCGCGGCGACGAGGGGACCUACUCCUGCAUCGCCAGCCUGACUUCAUCCGGAGGAUUCGUCGACCAAAGAGAGAGCUUGGCGGCUACGUUGUAUUUUGCGUUUCUGAACCCUGUGGAAUUCAUCAUACCGGUAGGAAACCAGACUGUCGUAGACAAGCAGCUGAUACCAGCUUACUUCCAGUGCGUCUCCGGUGACAGCCGACCCGAGCCAACCAUCACAUGGGAAAAGGACGGAGUACCAGUGACUGAAGGAUUGUCCUAUGGGGUGCAGUUUGGUGGUCCCGGUUCCCUACAGUGGUCCCAGACGCUACAGAUAAACAACGUCCGUAAGCGGCACGAGGGGCGGUACCGAUGCGUGGUGACCAACCCUCUCUUGAGUGGGCAGGUUCAGAGAAGUGCUUACUCUUGGCUUAUAGUCAAUCCUAAUCCCGGAGAGCCAUACAUCAGCAUAGCACCCCACAGCCAGAUCGUCCCUGCCGGUAACCCAGUGACGUUCCCCUGCCAGAUCCUAGGUGACCCUGCCCCAAACAUCAGCUGGAGACAGGCCAACGACCCCUACGACCUCGCCAAUACCACCAGCCGAUACGUCCUUGCCGACGGUAGUCUGUUCUUCACCAGUGUCUCCGAUGCUGAUGAUGGGAGCUAUGUGUGCACCGGAUCCAGCCGGUUGGGGUUGGUUUCGACUGAUCCGGUCACCCUGACUGCUGCUAGCAUGGGUUGGACCUUCACGGAGAGUCCCUCGGAUGUCGAGGUCGUGGAAGACUCCUCCGCUACGUUGAUCUGCCGUCCACCAGUCAGCAAACCACCCGCAAACAUCACAUGGUAUAAAAGCAAUGUGCUGUAUGUACCGAGCCAAGGAGCAGCUGUACUGGAUGUAGGGGAUCUUUACUUCUCAGCUGUUACCAAGGAGAAUGAAGGGGACUUCUUCUGCGUAGCAACCAAUGAUUUCAUCCCUCAAAGUGUUACAUCUUCAACAGCAACAUUGACCGUCAGAGUUGCUGCAUCCAUUAUAGUACCGCCGGAAAACAAAGAGGUUGUUCUUGGAGAGGAUCUGACACUGACCUGCGAAGCCAGGGGGGAUCCCACCCCUAUCAUCAUCUGGAAGAAAGAUGCAGUGGUGAUUUCAGCCGGAGGGAGAACAACAAUAGGAAACUCUGGUCAGUUGUUGCACAUUGUCAGCCUCAUCGGACUGGACCAGGGAACGUACACAUGCGAGGUGUCCAACAUGUACGGCACAGAGUCAGCAUCAGCGUAUGUUGACGUACUAGUAACCCCACAAAUCACGUCAGGGCCAGGUGACCUGCGGGCCGGUCUCGGGUCCUCGGUCCUCCUUCCCUGCGUUGCCAUCGGUGACCCGGUCCCCGCAAUCACAUGGUACAAAGACAACGCAGAGCUCACACUACCGCCUGGUGACCCUUACUACCUGGUGACUCAGUACGGUCUGAAUAUUACUAGAGUCAGGGUACAAGAUGGAGGCCGAUAUCGUUGCCGGGCUACCAACAAGGCGGGUGCCAGUGAGAGCUCAGGAACGCUGGUUGUUGAGACUCCACCUGUUAUCACCACCCCGCUCACCAACCAAACCGUCAACCAAGAAGCCGUGGUCUACUUCACCUGCCAGGCUGCCGGCGAGCCCCGGCCCGAGCUGGUCUGGUUCUUCAACGACGGUCCGGUGCCCAGCUGGGGCAGUAUCUCCAACCAGGGCCAGGUGCUGACCAUCAGUUCGGCCAGCGGGGUGACCAAGGGGAAGAUGACCUGCCGGGCCCAGAACAGGCAGGGGCAGGCGGAGACCGAGGCUUACUUGCAAGUCAGAGUUGCUCCAGACAUCACACCCAUUGAUGACCUCACUGUCAAUGUGGGCAGAUCAUUAAGCGUUCACUGCAUCACCAGUGCCUUCCCUGAGCCUAGCAUCACCUGGCUGAAGGGCCAGGAUGUCGUCAUUGCCUCAGACAGAGUCAGCUUCACCUCGCCGAAUGUCCUGACGAUUGCCUCUGUUGCGAAGGAUGAUCAAGGUGAUUACAGUUGUGUGGCUGCCAAUGAUGUCGGAAACACAAGGGAGAGCUUUCAUGUCUCAGUACUCGGCAUCCCCGGCACACCUACUAUACUGAGUGCAGCAGCCAUAUCCGUGGACUCCAUCACAGUGUACUGGUCAGCUACUGGGGAUGUCACAGACACCACACACUAUCAGCUGCAGUACAAACUAAGUGUUUCCACAGCAUGGACCACCUUCCUGGACAGCAUUCCAGCCCUCGCCGGCUCCCCGUCCAGCCCCCAGGAACACACCGUCUCCGGCCUGGCUGAGAGCCAGACCUACCAGUUCAGAGUCUUUGCUAAGAACGUCGUGGGUACCUCCGCUCCGAGUAACGUGGUUGCUGCAUCAACGCCUUCCGUCACUGGGCCCUCUGCUCCAAGGAACCUGGCGGUGCUGUCCUUCAAUGCCACGGCCGUCGUACUGCAGUGGGAGAUACCGGUGCAGAGAAAUGGGCCCAUCGAUGCAUACACAGUCGAAUACAGGGAGACUGACACAAAUGUUUAUUCCAUGGUACAACAACCCGGUAAUGACCAGUACACCAUUGAAGUCACCGUGGCAAAUCUCAAGCCCAUGACAUCCUUCCAGUUCCGUGUGACGGCGGCGACGCUGCAUAAUGGACAACAGCAGUUUGGCGACUACACGGAAUAUGUGGAGCAAACGACCUCCCCAAGUGCCCCAAGUGUCGCACCCGUUAACGUCAUGGUAACAGCAUCCUCAUCAACAACACUUUUUGUGUCUUGGUUGGCCAUACCCCCUGAGCAUCAGAAUGGGCCGAUCCUAGGCUACACAGUGUCAUACAAGGAAACGGGCGGUUCCACUACGCCACGGGAGAGAACGGUCAACGAAUCUGUGUUUUCCGUGAGUCUGACAAGGCUGGUCAAGUGGCAGGAGUACGACGUGCAGGUGUGGGGGUUCAACGACGAAGGGAAUAGCACCAAGAGUGACGUCAUUGUCACCAGGACAAAAGCUGAUGCUCCGACGCUGAGUCCACAGAACGUUGAUCUGAUAGCGACCAAUCAGACAGCUAUCCUGCUAACUUGGGAGGAUGUUCCUGAGGACGGUCGCCACGGCGCCGUCGACGGUUACGUGGUCACCUACCGCUCCCACAGCUCGCUGAGCCCACAGGAACUGGACAUCCCAGGAGAGAUCAACUUUGUGUUUCUGACAGGUUUGGAGGUUGCAACCAGAUACUAUGUCCAGCUGGUUGCCUACAACUUGGUCGACGGCAAUCGCUCAGAGGGGCCAGCUUCAGCUGAAACAUCCAUCGCAACGCAAGAUGGAAUCCCUGGAUCCGUCCGAGACUUCAACGCCUCCGACGUCGGCCCCGACUACAUCCUCCUCACGUGGGAACCCCCCUCCGAGCCCAAUGGAGCGAUCCAGGCCUAUGUCAUCACGUAUAAGGCAGACUUUCCUCAGGAAGUUACCACUGACAUCCUGAGCAUCGUGACAGGGGGUGCGAGGGAUAGCUCAAGACGACGACGCGAGGUUAUUUAUAGCAACGAGACCCACGGGCGCGUAGAGACGACGGACACAUGGUAUAACUUGACGUCACUCCGACCGGAAACAGACUAUUCCAUCGAGAUAGCGGCCAGGACAAGUGCAGGCAUGGGGGUGGAUCCGCUCAAACUGUUCCUAUCUACAGGCAAGGCCCGUGCAACCGAGACCCCGCCAUCUUUGCAUGGUACCACGCCACCCAGCAUCACCACACAGUCUGCUACAGAUGAAGCACCGAUUAGUCAGUUCCCAGGUGGUGUGGCCUAUCCACUGAACUCAUUGAUCAUCUUCAUCACGGCUGUCAGCCUGGCUGGCGCGGCCCUGUGUCUAGCCAUCGUCGUCCUGUUGGUCUGGUGCAAACGACGCGGCGACGAGAAAGCCCGCAAGCAAUCCAACUACUUGAUCGACAAUGAUCAGAUGUGUUCAUCCAGCCAGCGCAGUGGGAGCGAUGACAUCAUCCUGGAUAUGUCAUCCAGACCAAAUUCCAAAUCGCCGUCUGCAGCCAGCUCCAGGAACCCCUCUCGCCUCCCCUCAGUCUCCACCCCUACCCCUUCCCCGCCCGUGGAGUUCGCCGAUCUGAGCGGCAUGGUGGACCGGCCCGGAGAUCCCAACCGCCCACGGGCCAGCUCCUCCCCUUCCAUGGAUCACCGUCGUGAGGCUGAGGCUUACGCCGCGUACGGGGCCGGGCCAGUGGAUCAAGGGUCCGGCACCGUGCCUAGAGCUAACGGGAGAUUGUACACGCCGGCUAGGAGUCCGAGGAAUCCCAAGUAUCACCCUGGCUCCUCCAAUCUGCAGCUAGAAAGCUCAGAGACCACACCGGAUAAACUUGAUGAGCUUUAUAACAAGGUGACGAUGUCUUCCUCUCGAGGGCCUAGCAGGAUGAAGCAGGACAGCCUGGCAGCCAUCGCGGUCCUGCUGGAUCAGGAGGAGACACACAGUGACUUACAGCCACCGGAAAGCCCUACGUCUGUGGUCAUCUCCAACCAAAGGACUACCCUAUAACACUCCAAAAAAGCUUGCCAAAACAAGCUUAGUCACUGUAAAUUAUGAAGAAAUAAAAACUCCUUUGUACAUAAAAGUGUGAGGUGGGCACAGAACUUGUGUUCAAAGUCUUCGGGUCGAAAACUGUGCCAAACCAGACUCCUGGAAAGAGAGAUACCACCUUCAACUUCCAAAAAUGAGAUUUGUCACGUCGACAUCGUGAACUCAGACCGUGAAUUCAACGCUCCAGACCACGAGGCUAAGGCACUCCCAUGAGGCCAAGGCACUCCACACACCUUAACUUUUUCCCAUACCUUCUCUGAGAAUCGAUUACCAUUCUAUGCAUCAGUAGUUUUGCCUUCGUUUUUGAUGGAGUUUGUUAAUGGUCUAUUGUAAUAUUUGUUAUAAAUCUUAUAAAAAAUGAACAGGAAAGGAAGUGCCAAAAAGUUUAUCCAAUGUAAUUGAUACUUUUAGCAUUUUUGCUGUUGAUGUUUCAAGUUGCCUUACUUGAUGUGGAUAUUUCAUAGUAUGAUGUCUAGGGAUGUGAAAUAAUUGUUGGUUUUUACUGUGCCGUCAAGCAUGUAAAUGAUUCUCUGUAAAAAAGGCUGUGCCGUUUUAACAUAUGAAAGAUUUGGUUUCGGGUUUCUGUGAAAAAAUACUGAGAGUACGGAGAAAACUCAUGUUAAAGGAGACUUUAAUAAAAUAAUAACAAAAUUAAUUGGUGUGAUUUGAACCUGCUUUCUGUUGCGAUGAAUAAACUAGGAAGACUGAAAACUGGACAGCAUUAAACAUUGAAAAAGAAUAGAACGUGCAGUUAGGUUUAGUGGUGUGUGUAUUUACAGGUAGUAUGGGAACCAAGGUACCCAGAAGAGAAACCCAACCCCAAAAUUCAAAUCCCGGAAGUUGUCUGAAGGGCUUUAUAGCUUUGCGGUGUAAAAUACAACUUUCGCGAGCGUCAUCUGUUGCACGUUAAAAAUGCACAUAAAACGUGAAAUGUGUUUUGAUUUUCAAUAUAGCCUGGUUUUCUUUGAAAAUUCCCACAAAUGGCAUUCAAACCCUUUCUUUUUCAUGUCUGAGAAGUAACUUGUAAAGUUGGGCACAGGUACCCGAUCCCGUAAUCCGGAACCGGUUCCCGACAUCAGCGGGCAGGUACCGGUUCGAUGCACAGCUCUUGUUAGGUUCAAUAUUCUAGAAGGCAGAACUAAAGGAAAAAGUCAUCAAGAUUAGCCAGUUAUAUUCAAGAUGAAGUCAUUUCUUACAUAAAGUGGGUAAUUUUGCUUGUAGGUUUGUGUGUGUGCCAUAUUUAACCAGGCUGUGCUUCAAAUUCAUUUAUUUCUGAUUGUUUACUCAUAAUUACUUGUGUGUGGCAGUGGGUGUGGUACUUUAUAUUAUAAUCAUGUUUGAUCGCUAUUGGUAUUAUUUUUAACAUUAUGCCUAGGGAUUUGACCAUCAUUUACAUGUGCCUUUGUAUUUGCCUCGGUAUUUUUGUGAAAUUUUUUAAUCAAACAACUCGCUUAAGAUUGUAAAAAAAAUUGUUAGGUACUGCGAGUGGUGUGUGUUGAAAUAUUCAGUUCAGCAGACUUAAAAUCGAAGAGCCUUAAAAUCGAAAUGCAACUUUUACAUGUGCUUGUUUUACUAUUGGUUGGAUGAAUCAUUUUCUUUGGUGGGAUUCGACAUAAUUCAAUUGAAACGUUUGCAUUAUGAUAGAGAGAAAAAAAGAAAGUUUUUUUUUUUUAUAAAUACAACUGUUAAUGGAAGUUGCAUUUUGACUCUCAAAUCACAUAAUUUUGUUUGCGGGUCUUUCUCCCACAAAGAGGCUUUCUCAUUGACUGAUGUCGCUCGUAAAAAUUCCUGUAGGUUUAUAAAAAAUAUCCAGACAUAUGUGAGGCGUUCUGGCAAAAUGAGACAGAACUAGGCAGAGGUUGAAAUGAGAGUUUGCGGGUAUUAAGAAAGAGGUUAAAUUCUCCUUUAGAAUACUGUUGUUGCACUUCAAUUGAACAUUUUGUUGACAAGUUAUGGCUGUUUAAAGUGUGCUCUCAUCGACAUGUCUAAAAGUAAAACACUGAGAAAAAAAGGCCUUUAAAGUUUCAAGUUUUGUAGUCGUGCAAAUGAAAGAUACCAAUUGGUUUUCCAUAAAAACGCUUUUAUUCCACGAGUUUUGUACUGUUUCUUUAAAAUAUGUGCAUUGGACAUAUCAAAGGUUAUAAAUAUCAAUAAAUCUGAAAUAAAAAAAAGUCACCCAUAUUUUUUUUUUUUUUUUUUUUUUGGUUGCUUUUUUCUCCACUAUGGCCUGUGACCAGUUCCGUCUUAUUUUGCCGUCUUUUUUAAUGCCUCACAUUUUAGGAACAUGUAGUAAUUAGCUAUGCAAUCUGUCAUGUGGAGUUGGGUCCAAAGGAUUAAGGCUGAAUUUUUAAAAGAUGUACAUAACAUGUACAUAUAUGUAUAUUAUUUUGUAAGACCGUGUUUUCUACUGAAUAUUUUAAUCAAGUUUAAACCAACGCAUGACAAAACAGAGACUGCAGUGCAUAUAUUAUGUGUGUAUCUGGAUACACAUUUAAAGUGCUAAGAAAUUGUUUGUAAUGAGUGUUGUUUCUUGCAUAAUUUGGGCAUAUAUUUUUAUGGCAAUCGACAUUGCGUAUUGCCAUACGAAAGGCCUGUAUUCCGAAAUCAUGUAUUGAAACUUAUUUGGUUAACCAUUGUCAUUAAGUAUGUGUGUUUACUUAAUAUUUAUUUUUGUUAUUGUUUGUGAUAAAGUUUCUCAUAUUCUUCUUUGUAACACCUUUGUAAUAGCGUGCAAACUUCAACCAAUGCUUAUGAUUAGUGGCAUUUUAUUUAUUUUGGCAACCAACCAAAAUAAUGUUGCUUUCUGCAGUAAGAUGUUUCUUAAAACAUGAUGCUUUUGUAUUUUGAAAAUACAUUUUUUUUUAAUUGUAUGAAUGUAUGUCACGUUUUCCAAGACUUUUUGUAAUAAAAAAAUGUGUGGAUAAAAUGA